ACAGAACAGGUAGUUUAACCCGUCACAUAAACACAUAAUAAUAAGCAUGCAAAGACUGUGAAACUAUUGUGCGUUACUUUUUCACGGCUCAAAAUUUUGGCGCUAGGACUGAAGAAGACCCUAAAAUCAAAACCCCUAACUCAAAAUCUCAAACUCAAUAGAUUCCAACACCGAAUUCCUGAUUAGAGAGAGUGAUUGUGAAUUCUGAAAUUUAGUUGAAUAAUAAACCCUAGAUGUUUCUAUGGAUGUGAAAGAUAUUUUAGGAUUGCCCAAUAUUUCCAUCCCAGUUCAUGAGAAGAACUCUCCACCUCAGAAAGAUUCUCAGAGAAAACCUGAUGGCAUUUCUCGGGAGGUUUAUGCACUUACGGGUGGUUUGGCACCUCUUAUGCCUGCAGUUGAUUUGUCUCUGUUAAAACAAAGGCCUCCCUCGGAUGGAAAGGUCAUCUGGCAAUGGCUUCCUUUCACAAACUCUGCUCGUAAAGAUAAUCUUCGGCUUUACCAUUGGGUCCAAGUUGUAAAUGAUGCUCCACCAACAGGGGACUAUUCUUUUGCCAAGUAUAACAAGUCUGUUGACACAACAAGAUACACAGAUGAAGAGUAUGAGAAAUAUUUGGCAAAUCCUAAAUGGACCAAGGAGGAAACGGAUCAACUGUUUGAUUUGUGUGAGAGAUUUAAUCUCCGAUUCAUUGUUAUAGCUGAUAGAUUUCCUUCAUCUAGAACUGUUGAAGAAUUAAAGGACCGAUAUUAUAGUGUAUCCCAGGCUAUAUUAAUUGCUAGGAAUCCAUCUUCUGGAGAUGUUGCAGUGCAUCCGCUCGUUAAGGUGCUUGCUGAAGCAAAAAGAAUUGUUGAAUCACGCAUAAUGACCAAGGUUGCCAGAGAGUCGGAGUUGGUCGUUGCUUCAAAUGCUGGUGCAGACAUUACCGAGAGGGCCAACCCAGGUGAAACUGUAUCUCCAUCAAAUAUGCAUCUUCCACCAACAGUUGUGCCUUCCCCAAUAACAACAGAUAAUGCAUCUACUAUAGCUUCUCUCCGCAUGCUUCAUGUGUAUUUAAGAACCUACGCACUUGAACAAAUGGUGCAAUCUGCAAGCUCAUCAGCUGGACUUCGGACUAUCAAACGCAUUGAUCAAACUUUGCAGGAACUUGGGGUUAAUUUGAAACCAAGGGUUCCAACAAAAGCUGUUUGUGCAGAGCAUCUUGAACUAAGAAAAGAAAUACUAACUCUGCUGAAUCUUCAGAAACAGCUGCAAAAUAAGGAGGCUGAAGGUUCAACUUUUCGUGAUGGGUCACACUGUGAAACAACAGGAGCACCAAAGCAUUUGCAUCGUGGUGGCGAUCAGGAUCAGACAUUUGUUCCGGAUACCACUAGUUCCGGGGGGGAAAGAAUUGGUAAAAGGGAUAAAAAGCGCAAGGCGCCUGGACGACAUUCUGAAACUCCAUCAUCACCAGCCCAAUCAAAAAGACAGAGAAAACUAAAGGCCUCAGAUCUUUAUGGAAUGAAACUCUUUUCAUGUAAAAACAUCUGUUUAACUAAAUACACAACGAAAAGGAGUAAUAUGCAAUACCUUGUUUCAUCUCUUCAGACAUAUACACUCCAUAGACGGAGUGUGCUUAAGCCUCCCCUCGCUGCGAAACAGAAUAACCAAACAAGCGUUAGAACUUCAUGGUCUAGUGUUUCACUUUCACUUUUCGGCACAGGCUUCUUUCUCGGUCCACUUCUCGAUGGUCUCCAUUCAAGAGUGAAUCUCGUUGUCUACAAGUCUGGCUCCAUUCACAUUGGUCCACUCCAUACAAAUAUCUGGGUUCCUCCCUUGCUGGGGUUGUUUUACUGCUCUGUUGGUUUGCUUCAACUCUACCUAGAUGAGAGGGUAUUAAACAAAGUUCAACACGGAAGUUUAGCAAAAACUAUUUCCUCCCUCGUAUUACUGGCACUGUUCAUAGAAUUGAGUGCCGAACUAUACAAAGCCGGAAUAUCAGACAACAUUGAAGCCUACAUAUUAUUUGGGGCAGCAGAGUUCAUGUGGUUUUUGUUGGAUAGAACAUGGCCAGGAUUCACCCUCUCAUGUAUUGUUGGAUUUGCUUGCCCACUCGCUGAGAUACUCUUAAUAAAGUUCCUCCACCUUUGGUACUAUCCUCAAGCAAAUAUUGAAAUCUUUGGCGAGGGGCUAGUUACAUGGACCCUCACUUGCUACUUUGUGUACACGCCAUUCUUAAUCAAUUUGUCGCGGUGGUUCAGAUCUGUUUAUGCUGCUCAAAUAGAGGACUGUGCUUCAUAAAACAUUAUGUAACCAGACCACAGAUUCAAGGCUACAUUAUCCUAAAACAGGGUAAGAGUAUAGUAUGAUAAAAAAAAUGUUGUAUAUGAUCCUGGUGCACACGCAUUUGGUUUUUCUAUGACCUGCACACUUUAGAAAAUAAAAUAUUAAUGUAUUGAUUUAGUGCCUUUUUGUUGUA